AUGGCCUGCAGCGAAAUCUCGCUUGCUGGCAUCUUGGACAUCCUAGGCACCGUGGGCCACGACAAGCUGCUGCAGCUGAAGCACAAGCUGAAGGCACUGCCCUCCAGCCCCCGGGGCACCGGCCUGCUGCGGGCCAUGGUGCUGCUGACGCUAGGCCGUGACACUGAGGCCCGGUGCGCCCUGGAUGCGCUGCGCACAGACGCAACGGCCCGCUGUGUGGCCUGCAGAUGGGCUGGCGUGGACUUCCCAGAGGAGGCCCCUGAGGAGGAGCCAGAGGUGGCCUGGACAGUUGCCCGCAUGUACCACCUGCUGGCUGAGGAGAAGCUGUGCUCUGCUUCCCUGCAGGAGGCAGCCUACCAUACUGCCCUCCAAGCCUUCUCUGCUGAUGACCCCCGGCUGUCAGAGCUUCAGGCUGAGGCCCGUGACCACUGCGGGUGGGACGUUGGCGACCUAGGGAGCUUCCACGGCCUGUGCUCUAGAUCUGGGGGCCUCCUGCUUUCCGCAGGGUCACACUCUGGGGCCCGGAGCUCUCCGCAGCCCAUCCAAGUUCCCCCGGGCUGGAGCCGGGCUUGCACGCUGCGUUCUACUGGCAGCCCGGCUUCGCUGGCCAGCAACCUAGAGAUCAGCCAAUCUCCCACUUUGGCCCUCCUCACCCAGCCUCGAAGCCCCCCGGGACCCAGCAAUCUCUGUGAUCAGCCCCCAGCCAGCCCAGAGCCCCAGCCUGCUCCCCCGGGUCACCAGGAGCCAGAGCAGGUGAGCUGGCCUCCGUCCUUGGACACUGACCCUCUUCAGGAUUCAUCACCUAGUCCAGCCCUCCAGCUGUCAGGGGUGGCCCCAGAUCCAAGCCCAGCUGGCCUCCCUGACCCCUCAAAACCCCAAGAGUCCAGACCCCACUACCCAGUGGAGUGUACUGAGUCCACCAUCCCAACAUCUCUCCCCUCUUCCACCCAGACUCUCUCCUCUCUCAUUUCAAAGCCGACUGAUCAGACCCCCAAAGAUGGGGUGACACCCCCACUGUCCAUAGAAGAUACUGCUUCGCAGAAAAGCAAGAUGUGCCCACCUCCUCCCUCGAUCCCCCAGAUGUCCCCUCCCUUGGGGCCCCAGAUAUCCCCUCCUUCAGUGCCCCGGUCGUCCUCUCCCUCGGGGCUCCAGACGUCACCUCCCUCUCCUCCUGGAGCAGCAUCCCCCUGCCAGCCUCCCUCCACCUCCUCGUCCUCAGAUCUCCCGUGCCCUGAACUGGAGCUGGAAUCGCUGGAGCAGAAGUUCUAUAACUUCGUGGUCCUCCACGCCAGGGCAGAUGAGCAUGUGGCCCUGCGGGUCCGGGAGCGGCUGGAGGCCCUGGGUGUGUCCGACGGGGCCACUUUCUGCGAGGACUUCCAGGUGCCCGGGCGCGGCCAGCUGAGCUGCCUGCAGGACGCUAUUGAUCACUCGGCUUUCACCAUCUUGCUCCUCACUCCCAACUUCGACUGCCGCCUGAGCCUGCACCAGGUGAGCCAGGCCCUGCUCCACAGCUUCCGACGGCAGGCCUGGCAGGACUCGGUCAUCCCCUUCCAGCCCCUGGAGACGUCCGAGCUCAGCUCCGACACCGCCCGCCUGCUCACCAGCCUCGUGUGCUUGGACGAGCACUCCCAGAUCUUCGAAAGGAAGGUGAGGAACACCUUCAAGAAGCAGAAGCUGCAGGUGCGCAAGGCCCACUGGACAAGGGAGCAGGAGGCCCGGGCUUUCCGGGAGCGGAGCCAGCGCCUGGAGGGCCAGCGACAGCAGGCUGCCGAGCUGCACUCCGCCUACUCCACUUACCUGCAGAGCUACCUGGCCUGGCAGGUGCAGGUGCAGCAGCUACAGGUGGCUUUCAGGACCCAGAUGUCAUUAGGGAUGCAGAUGCCUCCCAUAGGGCAGGUGCCCCUCAGCGUCCAACCACCCCUGCCCACCUGGCCAGUUAGUCCUCAGCCACCCCUGCCCACCUGGCCGCACAGCCCUCAGCCACCCCUGCCCACCUGGCCAGACAGCCCUCAGCCGCCCCUGCCCACCUGGCUGGACAGCCCUCAGCUGCCCGCCUUCCCACCACCCCCUGCCUUCCCGCCGGCCACCCCUCUCUCUCCCCAAAGCCCGGGGCUGCAGCCCCUCAUUAUCCACCAUGCACAGAUGGUCCAGCUGGGGCUCAACAACCACAUGUGGGGGCAGAGGGGGGCCCAGCCCUCCGAGGACAACACCCAGGAAGCAGAAUGA